AUGGGUAACCAAACAGAACCAUUCCUAAGUAAUGGAAAGUUAAAGAGAAAAGCAGGAUCAUCUCUUGAUGAAACAAUAGAAAGUUGCAUAGGUGAAUUUGGAUGGGCACAAUUUUUACAAGCCAUUUUUGUCUCUCUUGCUUGGUUCUUUGAUGCUCAACAAACUUUUAUUAGUGUUUUCACUGACGCACAACCUUCGUGGCAUUGCAUAUCAUGUAAUAACUCUUCUUCAUUCAUUGACAACAACUUUUGUACUCUCCCUAACGGUACAUGGGCAUGGGAUUUACCUGCCCAAAUUUCAGUUGUUUCAGAGUGGGCUUUACAAUGUGGUGGAUCGAUCGUCCCUGGCCUCCCAGCAUCUUCCUUCUUCAUGGGAUGUCUUAUAGGAGGUUUCCUUCUAUCAACCUUAGAUGACUCCUCGCUAGGUCGAAAAAACAGUCUGAUUUUGUCAUGUCUAUCUGGAGUAAUCACUGCUUAUUCAACCAAUAUAUGGAUGUAUUCAUUCUUAAGGUUUCUUUCUGGAUGUGGAAGAGCUACAAUAGGAACUUGCGCGCUUGUCUUGUCCACAGAGCUCGUGGGAAGGCGUUGGCGUGGCCAAGUUGGAGUCAUUGGUUUCCUCUGUUUCACAACAGGGUUUCUUUCUUUACCAACUUUGGCUUAUAUAAACAGAGGAUCUUCAUGGCGAAUUCUUUAUCUUUCAACUUCUUUACCUACACUUUUAUAUGCAUUCUUAGUGCAUUUUGUAGUUAAUGAAUCUCCAAGAUGGCUUUAUAUCAAAGGGAACAAAGAAGGAUUUGUCCAAACUUUGAAAAGCAUUGCACCUCCAGCAACAAGAAGUAGUUUAACCUUGAGCUUUUUCGGAUCAUUCAUGGAAUUAGAAAAUCAAGAAGUACUCAACAACAACAACAACAACAACAACACGAUCGAUUUAUAUUCAGCUAUAAAGAUGAUAAUGGAGAGAAAUUGGUCAUUUCGUCGAUUAGUGUCAGUAAUGUGUGUUGGAUUUGGUAUUGGCAUGACUUAUUGUGGUAUGCCAUUAAGUGUUGGAUGUUUAAAUUUCAAUCUCUACAUAAGCAUUACAAUAAACGCGUUAUCUGAAUUGCCAUCUUCUAUUUUGAUUCUCUUGUUUAUAGGGAAGCUUAGUAGAAAAUGUUCACUAUUAGUAUUUGCUAUGCUAAGUGGAAUUUUUAGCAUAGGUUGUGUUAUAAUUGAUGGAGGAAGAUUUGAAGGAAUCCAAAUAGGUGUUGAAUUGAUUUCAUAUUUUAGCGCGUGUACAACGUUGAGCAUUCUAUUGAUCUACACAUUGGAACUUUUCCCAACAUGUGUGAGGAACUCAGCAGUGGCAAUGGUGAGACAAGCUAUGGUUCUCGGAGGAGCCUUAAGUCCAAUGCUAAUCGCGAUUGGUAGGAACAACAAGUGGCUUUCUUCUGGUGUGUUUGGAUUAAGCAUAGCUACAUGUGGUUGUUUUGUUGUGUAUUUGCCAGAAACUAAGGGAAGAACACUUAGUGAUACAAUGGAUGAAGAGGAAAAUAAGAAUAAGGAUAUAACAUUUGUAUGUUAA